AAAUUUUUUCUCAAUUUCAAGCAUUCGUUUUUGCUAUUGUGUGAAUGCAAUGGAGGACCUCGCAGGUACUUUCAAGAGUUUUCUCAUUCUUCACGGUUCGAUUCUGUUUCAGUGCAAUCUUCUCCUUGUAUGUCCAACAUUUACACGCAAGACAGAACCUCAGGAAUUCAAGGCAAGCCCCGACGCCACUUCCAUGAGUAUGUUUAUUUUCAACCUUUCACUUUUUAUUUAAGCAAUACCCUUACCACUGCUCUCACAUGCGAGUUUCGAGUCGUAUAUAUUGCGCUGCUUGAUCUGAUGUGGCUAAGCAUUCCAGUUGGUUAUGUAAGACAUUCGCGUUCGCGAUACUCUCUUUCAUACAUGAUAUUCCGCUUCCUUUUUAUACCACCCAAUCUAUGCUAUUAUUCUAUCAUUCAGCAAUCAUGAAACUCACGAUCCUGGCCUUACCAACUCUGGCACUUUCCUCUCAGUUAGGGGCCAUGAUCUUUGAGCCUAUGAACAGUCUCUGUGUUGUCUGGACUGUUGUCGAGAAACCCGUCCAUAUCAGCACUUGCUUUCCGUCUAGUACCGUAGCCAUAUUUUACGGCUGUACUACCACUGUCUCUUCAGCAACAUGCAUUGAUACUACUGUAACUGAAUCAGUGACUCUCAAUCCGCGCAUACCAGCGCCGACUGGACAUCCGGUUGAGUAUACGACCAUUACUACUGAUGCUCUGACGACUGUAUGCCCCGGUCCGACGACAUUUACAUAUGGUACGAAGACGUAUACUGUCACAAAAGCGACUACACUUACGAUCACUGAUUGCCCAUGUACUUUCGUAAGGACAAAGCAUAGCUCUGAGAUUGCAAGGACUUCUGAUUUUCAAGACUCAACCUCAAGUUCGACAGCUGCUGCUGGAUCUUCCUCAAGCGUCCUCGUCGGAGUGUCAAAUUCAGCUCCUGUCCCAGUGCCCUCAGUUUCGACCUCUCCAGACAUCUCAUCUCCAACCAUUCAAACGCCAUCCACAAUCCAGGCUCCAAUCUCAAGCUCCAUCCCAGUCGAAACCCCCACGACUAUCACUACCACCUCCUCCACAGCCUCCCUAACCACCACCUCCCCACCAAUCCCAUCCACCAACACCUGCGGCGCAUCAGCCGGCGGAUCCAGCUGCGACGGGAGCCCCUUCGGAACAUGCUGUGGAAGCGACGACACGUGCGGCAGUGAUGCAGCACAUUGCGGUACAGGUUGUCAACCAGGCUAUGGGAUUUGUAGCAAUAUUACUAUUGAUGGGUCUUGUGGCAAUGGAGUGUUUUGCCGAAUCGGAGAUUGUUGCUCGCGGUUCUCGUUCUGUGGAAGUACGGCUGAUUACUGUGAUGUUGGAUGCCAGCCUGCUUGGGGGACGUGCUACUCAUUGUGAAACGGGAUUGGGAGUGGCUUGGUCGGUUGAUAUGGGGAGAUCUGGCUCGGGUGGUUGGACUUGGUUGUUGUUGUUCCAGCCUCAUACUACAGUUAUGAUCUCACACUCUAUUUAUGAUGGUAGAGCCUGAACCUUUAUUUUGGCUUGAUUUGGGAGCUUCAGGUGGUGGAUUUGUGACGAGAUGAUUUUCAUGUUGGCGAGUUUCUUUCCUGUACGAUAUUUUGGGUUUCUCCCAGGACUUGGAUCCUGAGUUCGGGUUGCAUUCUUUUCGAUGCAAGGCGUUGAAUGUUAAUCAACCUUCAGAACUUCAAGAAUAAUUAUACCCUCAAUUCUUGACGACCUUUUUCACUUUAGACGUCAUUCCACACACAAUUAAUCUCAUCCCUCAAUCCUUUCGAUCUAUCCAUCCCAAGAGACCGGAACCAAAACUCCUCAGCUUUCUCCUACAAUCAACCGAUCUUCUUGCCUCAUCUCAACGUACUCAAUCCAAACUCACAAAGAACAUAAAUAGAACAGUUCCAUGCCAACAUCCCUGAAGCGAUGCGGCGACGCCCAGCGAUUUCAGCCUCAUCUCAAACUAGGACGUGCGCCUCGCUACAGAACCUAAAAAUAUCCCUUUCCGUCUUGUGGAUCUUAUUUUGAGGCAGUUUGAGUUUAUGGCAUGUGAAAAUGGAAAUGUUAAGAUCGGAUUCAUUGAUCGGGUAUGCAUUUGUUGUUUUCGCGGGAAUUUCUCACGUUUUUAUAUUGCAUGAGAACUUGAUAGAUUGCUGGUAGUCCUUAGGUAUGAGUUACUAAGUCGUUUUUGGAAGUUGUCUUAUAAGGUACUCUAGCAGAGUUGCAUGACCGAAUUAUUCUCCC